AUGAGUUCGUUCAGACAAGUCGCCAGGAGCUCGGCCUCCUCUGCCUCGGCCCUGAGGACGCCUUCGCUGGCUUCCUCCUCAUACGGCAGAUCUCCAGCAUACCGCCGGUUACUGUCCAGCCUCGAUCGCCAGAGCACCCUCGCGACUGUCGCACCCUCCACCUCCCCAUACACCCCCAUCGCCGCCCUGCGAUCGCCCUUCCUCCCCCAGUCCAUAGCCGCCGUGCAGCUGCGCGGCCUGCACCAGUCGUCGAGAUGGGCCCAAGAACAGCCAUCGCCGCAGCAGGCGCCCAAGACGGAACCCAAGCCCGAGGAGAAAACGUCGAAACAGGCUGCCUCUGGCGCCGAGUCCGAGGCCAAGCCCGAGUCCGAGGAGCAACAGAAGAAGCAGGACGGCGAAGAGUCCGAAGAGGGCGACAAGAAGGACAAGGAGAAGAAGGAGGACCUGCCGCCACCCCCGCCCCACGGUGACAAGACUCCCUGGCAGGUCUUCAUGGAGACCAUGCAGACCGAGUUCAAGGCCUCCAAGGAGUGGAACGAGUCUACCAAGCAGCUCGCCGCCGGCGCAAAGGAGUUCAGCGAGAGCGAGAAUGUCCGCAAGGCGAGAGAAGCCUACGAGUCCACAACCGGAGCCAUAUCGUCGACCACCGGCAAGGUGCUCAAGACAACCGGGUCUGCCAUUGGCAAGGGUGCGUCCUGGACGUGGGAUACCUCGGUCAUGAAGGGCGUCCGCAAGGGUGCAAAUAUCACCGGCGAGGCUCUCGACAAGGCCACCAAGCCUAUCCGUGACACCGAGGCUUACAAGAAUGUCAAGAACGUUAUCGAUGAUGGUAGCAGUUCGAGAUACGGUGGCUGGGUCGAGAAGGAGGAGCGACGAAAGGCCAGAGAGGCGAGGGAGAAGGCCGCUGCUCGCCUCCACGGCAACCCCGAGGACAUGGUUGAGGAUCCCAAUGCUGGCACCAACGUCACACUCCACAAGGACGCCGCGUGGAAAGAAGCAUGGAGAGAUUUCCGAGACCAGAACAAGUUUGUUCAGGGUCUUUUUAACGCAAAAAAUGUCUACCAGGAGUCCGAGAACCCCCUCAUCACUACUGCGAGAGGCAUCACCGACCGCAUAGCUGGAUUCUUCGCCGAAAACGAGACGGCCAUGGUCAUCAAGAAGUUCCGAUCCAUGGACCCCAGCUUCCAGGUCGAGCCCUUCCUGCAGGAACUCCGGGAGUACAUCUUGCCCGAGGUGCUUGACGCCUAUGUCAAGGGCGACACGGAGACGCUGAAGGUCUGGCUGUCGGCCGCUCAGUAUUCGGUUUACGAGGCAUUGACGAAGCAGUACCUGCAGGCGGGCAUGAAGUCAGACGGUCGCAUCCUCGACAUCAGACACGUCGACAUCCUCAAGGCUCGUAUGCUGGAGCCCGGUGAGAUUCCUGUCUUCAUCAUCACCUGCCGAACACAGGAAGUCCACGUCUACCGUAAUGCCAAGUCCAACGAGCUUGCUGCUGGCAUGGAGGACAAGGUGCAGCUCGUCACCUACGCCAUUGGUAUUACCCGGACACCAGAAGAAGUCAGCAACCCGGAGACAAGGGGCUGGAGGUUGAUCGAGAUGCAGAAGAGCGCCCGCGAAUACAUCUAG